AUGUCAGGCUUGGUAGAAAUCAAACCAGAAAUUUUACAAUUUUCAUCCCCAUUGACUGUUCAAUCCACUGAAUAUGCUCAAAUCACUAAUAAUUCUACCGAAACUAUUGCAUUCAAAGUUAAAACUACUGCUCCAAAAUUCUAUUGUGUUAGACCAAACGCUGCUUUAGUUAAGCCUGGUGAAACAAUCGAAAUCCAAAUCAUUCUAUUAGGUUUGGCUGAAGAACCAACAGAUGUUAAUUUCAAAUGUAAAGAUAAAUUCUUAGUCAUCACCUUACCUGCUCCUUACGAGCUACCUGCAGAUAAAUCAGUCGCAGAUAUUUGGUCUGAUUUAGAAACAGAAUUCAAAGCUAAGUCAGUCUCCAAAAAGAUUAAAGUCAAAUUCGCAAUAAACCCAAAUAUUCAACCUCCUGUAGCUCCUCAAGCUGCAAAUGCUCCGGCUGUUAUUUCUCCAGUUGCCGCUGCUGCUCCAGUUGCUGCUGCCGCUGCUCAAAAUGCCGCUGCUCCAAUUGCUGCCGCUCUUCCUGCUGCUGCCGCUGCCGCUGCUGCUCCAAUUGCUGCCACUAUUCCAGCACAAGUUGCCCCAGUAGUUGCUCCAAUUGUAUCUGCUGAAGUUCCAUUACAACAAAAUUAUGAACAAAUACCACAACCAGAAGUACAAAACAAUUAUUUAAAUGAAACUAUUAACGCCAUUCCAGCUACAAAUACUACUGCUUACGAACAAAGAGAUCUAUCCACUCAAGAACCACAGUACGAACAACAAUACGAACAACAAUACGAACAACAACAGCAACCACAACAACAAUCAUACGAACAACAAUAUGAACAACAACAAGAACCACAACAGGAAUCACAGCAAGAAGAAAAAGUUGUAGUUGAUAAUGAUGAUGAUGAAACCGAACUUCCAAAUAACUCAUAUUCAGAAGAUGAACCAGUAGCAAACUCCACCACUACUGGUGCUUCCAAUUAUGGUACUCCAAUUACUCAAACCGAAAAUGAAAGUGGUAUUAACACCUCUUUAUUAGCAGUGGUUGCUUUGAUCGCUAUCCUAUUGGGUUGGUUGUAUUAUUAA